CAAACUAAUUUUACCUUUAAGAGCGUGUUAUAAAAAAUGACAAGGUUUGCAUUCAAAUUAAACUGGAAAUUUAAAUCAAACUGCUUUAAAUUAAAAUUGCAAUAAUGAAACGCCAUUCAUUAUUUACCGUUUGGAAUUUCUACUUUUAAUGAGACUUAAAUUUGUUUUGUAUUGAUCGUACAAAGUUCUAGUUCUACUGUACGUUUGCAAAUGCAACGAAAGAAACCGGCUCCUUAAGCUGGUUAUUGAUGUUUGCUCCAACCUAAACCAAUAACCUAAAUAAGAGUUUAAAUGUUCCCUGGAUUGACUUUUUCUAGCGGUCGGAAAAUUAACUGUUGUGCACACCAAAGAAGAAUUAUUUGUUAUUUCAUGUCCUGGUAUUGAUUUGAAACUGUCGUUUCUGGUGAAACUUGCUGAUGAUAGGCUGGAUACUGAAGUGCCCGAAAGUUCAUUUCCCAUAAAGUGGGCUUAAAAUGUCGUUAGGUCGGAACACAGCAAAUAAAGAAAGAGAAGCAUUGCGUGAAGCGUUGAACGCGGAACGGAAGGCAAAGUUUUCUGGUGAAGAUACAGAAUAUGGGUGCUGUGGAUAUGCUCUUAUGGGAAUCUCUGUAUUUAUAAUGAUUCUGAUAUUUCCACUAGCAUUAUGUGCUGGUAUCAAGGUGGUUCAGGAAUACGAAAGAGCUGUUAUUUUCCGUCUCGGUCGCCUUGUCAAAGGUGGUGCAAAAGGUCCAGGGAUCUUUUUUAUCAUACCAUGCACUGAUGAAUAUCGUAAAGUGGAUUUGAGAACUGUAUCCUUUGAUGUGCCACCACAGGAGAUCUUGACCAAGGACAGCGUGACAAUAUCAGUAGAUGCUGUGGUUUACUACAGAGUCCAAGAUGCCACCAUGAGCAUUGCAAAUGUGGAGAACGCUGAUGGUGCAACUCGACUGCUGGCACAAACCACACUAAGAAACAUGCUGGGAACAAAGAGUCUGUCCGAGGUCCUUACUGACCGUGAAUAUAUCAGUGCUGGGAUGCAAUCAACACUGGAUGAAGCCACGGACCCGUGGGGCAUAAAAGUGGAACGAGUCGAAAUUAAGGACGUUCGCUUGCCGGUUCAACUACAACGAGCAAUGGCUGCUGAAGCCGAAGCUGCACGAGAGGCAAGGGCAAAGGUAAUUGCGGCAGAAGGUGAAAUGAAUGCUUCCCGCAAGCUAAAGGAAGCUGCUGAUGUAAUGAGUGAGUCUCCUAACUCGAUGCAGCUUCGUUACCUUCAAACCUUAACCUCUAUAAGUGCGGAAAAGAAUUCAACCAUAAUCUUCCCUCUGCCUAUUGACAUGCUGAGCACCAUGAUGAAAAAAUAGGUGUUUUUGUGACAACAUCCGAAAUUAAUUUUCCAAUUGAGACUAACAGUAUUCCGCAUGACUCGUAGCAACGCAUUGUAUAUAUAUUGACAAAUAUAUUUAUUUUAGUGUUAUAACUCCACUACCCUGCGUCUAUAUUACAUUUAACUUAUAUUUUAACCAAAAUAAUAAAAAAUAUGUUCCACGGUUAUUUCACUUUCUUUAACUCCCUUAUCUUUAGUGUGAAUAAUAAUCACGUAUACUGUGUCACCUUCGUUAUUGCACUGUAUCGUAGCAUUUACGUAUAUGAUGAAUAAUGUAAAAAUAAACCACAAAGUUUUAUGUACCGAAA